CCAGGAAAGGGGGACUUUUCGCUCUGCAGGAACGGAUAAGCAGGCGUGAAGGAUGAGGGUGAACUCUGCUAUCCAGGCUGCCAUUGACCUCACAGCAGGAGCCGCAGGUGGGACUGCGUGUGUGGUGACCGGGCAGCCCUUUGACACAGCCAAGGUGAAGAUGCAGACGUUCCCUGAGAUGUAUAAAGGAGUCGUGGACUGUUUUGUGAAAACCUACAAGCAGGUGGGACUUCGAGGCUUCUACAAAGGGACCACCCCGGCCCUCGUAGCCAACAUCGCGGAGAACUCCGUGCUCUUCAUGUGCUACGGGUUUUGCCAGCAAAUUGUGAGGAAAAUUGUCGGAGUAGACAGGAAAACAAAACUCAGCGACCUGCAGAACGCCGCCGCCGGCUCCUUCGCCUCCGCCUUCGCCACCCUCGUGCUGUGCCCCACGGAGCUGGUGAAGUGCCGCCUGCAGGCCAUGCACGAAAUGCAGCUCUCGGGAAGGGUGCUGCAGGGACACAA